AGUAUUUACAAACAGGAAGUGUGGCAGUCUAUCCACAGAACUGCCAGUGGGAGCUAUGGAGGCCUACGAACAGGUCCAGAAGGGACCGCUGAAGCUGAAAGGCGUCGCAGAGCUCGGCGUGAACAAGCGGAAGAAGAAAAAGAAGGACAAAGACAAGGCAAAACUUCUAGAAGCGAUGGGAACAAGCAAAAAGAACGAAGAGGAGAAGCGGCGCUGCCUGGACAAGCGGACGCCGGCCCAGGCGGCCUUCGAGAAGAUGCAGGAGAAGCGGCAAAUGGAGAGGAUCCUGAAGAAAGCAUCCAAAACCCACAAGCAGAGAGUGGAGGACUUCAACAGGCACCUGGAUACGCUCACAGAGCAUUAUGAUAUCCCCAAAGUCAGCUGGACCAAGUAGCAUCCUGGUCCUGGCUGUGGAGGAGCAUCGAGAGACAGCAGAAAGCAAAGUCAGGACUAUCUUUGGUUGCUUUGGUAUUUUCUGGAAACAUUCUUUUACACACACCCAUGCCUCUUCUGCUGAGACAGUACUUUUCUAAACUGUAUCCCCUCAAUCCAGAACUUGAUUAAAGUAAGACUGUCCUCUUA